UGUCCGCCGCUGGGGCUAGAAAAGUCAAAACCGACUGAGCUGGCAAAUGGCACCACGACCAAGUUUGAGCCUGGCUGGCUGGCUGGCUGGCGCCCUCUCUUUCUUGUGCCAUCCGGUUUGCCUGGCGGCGGCGACGGCGGCGGCGGCGUUGACGGCGGCGAUCCACCGCUGCUCCUUCUGCCGCCGGGCGUCGUCGGGUGUGAGCCGACAGGUAUGUGUGUACCUACGCAGCCCCGGAGGCUCAGAGGCAAUUGUCCCCCUACCUAGGUACUAAGGUAGGCAAGAGUGAGGAGGCAAGGCACUGGAGUGGAUUAGUAGCUAUAACUACGGCGCCAUCGCCUGGUGCCUCAUCGUGCAAGCAAUACUAAAGCCAAUGGUCAAUUGACGUUGGCCCGCGCAUAACCUCAACUCUCAUCAUCCCUACCUAUAUCCACGAUCUCGCUCGCGUGUUUUCCUCAUCCCCACGCGUCCGCGUCCGCGUUCCGCAUCUCAGAUUCGAUCGGUCGAAACCACUCUGAGGACCAGCUACUAAUCCCGUUGGCUGCCCCCGCCGCCGCCGCGAUGCCCGUCACGGAGCUCGCCAUCCUCAAGCUGAGGGGCGGCCACGACCAGCUCGAGUUCCUCGAGACCCUCAUGGAGGUGCAGGAGCUGCAGGACGAGUGGAUACACGAGAACAAGCCGUGCCACCUCGAGCCCAACGCCAACCUCAGCAGCAUGUACGUCGAGGAGGCCGACCCCCCCUCGCUGCUCAUCACCGCCCCCUGGGACUCGCCCGAGGCGCACGGCGAGUGGAUCCAGAGUCGCGAGAACCAGGACUGCAACGGCAAGCUCUCCCAGUACAUCCGCCCGGGCUGCGACUCGGUCCUCAUGUUCCACAUGGACGCCGCCGGUGCCGGUGCUGGUGAUGGUGAUGGUGAUGGUCGUGGUGGUGCCGCUGCUGCUGGUGACGGUAGCGACGGCAGUGGCUGUCACAAAAACACCGCCGCGCGCAGCAGGCAGAUGCGCAGGCCCUUUGAGAACCAGCGCAGCUUCAACGUCUGCCGCCUCAGCGUCGACCCGGCCAAGCGCGACGCCCUGGAGGACGCCUACCGCCGCCUCGAGGACCAGUCGCGCCCGGCGCCCGGCGCGGAGCCCAAGGUCUGGGGUGGCUGGCGGAUCGAGAAGUCGGGCGACAACGAGGACCUGGUCGUCUUCUGGAGCGACGAAGUCCCCAACGAACGACUCGAGCCGCUCAUGAGCUUCACCGACGACAUUAUCCGUCGCCGCUUCACGCACGUCGUGUAGGGUGGUGGGCGGCCGGCCGGGCACGUGAGCGGCAGGGAACGCUGGGAUCAUCAAUGCUGCUGGGUUUGUUAGGAGCGAGGUCGAGGGGGCGCUUUGGUUUCUUUCACGGGGUCACAGUCGGCGGUGCUUGUCUUCGAUGAUAUCCUGCGCAGACCGGAGGUGGAGGGAGUAGAGCUGGCGUUUUCGUCCCGUUGCGUGUGUAUCCCGAGACGCCUAUUCGUGCAUGUU